UUGAGAAUGAGAGCCAUUGUGAUUUUACAAAACUUAGAGAAAUGUUGAUCCGCACUAACAUGGAAGAUAUGCGAGAAGUGACUCAUAGUAAACACUAUGAACUUUAUCGGAAGAAAGUCCUUGAAACAAUGGGAUUCACUGAUGUGGGUCAGGACAAUCAGCCCGUAAGCUUCCAACAGACCUUUGAGCAGAAGCGUGUAGAGCACCGAGAGGAGUUGCAGCGCAAAGAAGAUGAAAUGAGGCAAACAUUUGUACUCCGUGUUAAAGAGAAGGAAACCGAAUUAAAAGAAGUGGAGAAGGAGUUGUAUACGAAGUACGACCAGUUGAAGCGCGAACAUGCAGAUGAAAAGAAGAGGUAUGAGGACUCAAAGAAGCAGUUGGAAGAAGAGAAAGCUGAAUUCCAGAAGUACAAGCAACAGGUUGCAUCACAGCAGCUUAGCCACCAUACACUUACACUUGGCAAAAGGAACAAAAAGUAAUAAAGCAUGAACUUUGUGAGAAGACAGAGGAAGAAGGAAGGAAAUGCAGAUUUAUUUCAUAUGGUAUUUAUGUAAUAUAUGGCUUAGAAAAAACCCAGAAAGAAAGAAAAGUGUUUACAAUUUUUGUAUACUGAGAAUUUUAAAUUUCUGAUGUUUCAACCAUUUAUUAAGGUAUUGUUUUUGUUUUUUGUGAAGAAAGAUUCAACAUUGUUAUAAAGUCAUGUAAGUAACAUGUACAAUUAGUAAUUAAUUUGAUAUGCAUUUUUUAUCAGGCACAUUUAUAAAGUGAUAGUUAAUGCCUUAUCAUAAAAAAUGAUGGCCAGCUUGCUUAGUUUAGCAAACUAGAAAAGAAGAACAUUGAUCAACAGUUAUUUUAUGUGUUUCAAAAAGUACAUAUCAUUUUUCUAUCAAGAAUGUUGCCCUGUUGAAUGAAAGGUUAAAAAAGGCAUUUUUCUUAAUUUUAUUUCUUUUUCUAUAUUUAUGUUAUCUAUUUUUUUCUUUGAUUUUAUCCCAGGCACAUGGGAAAUAGACUAUAGGAUUAAGUUCUUUGCUUUAUGCCAACAUUUCCAGGACCCUCUCUCUUCAAAGUAGGAAUUAAGUUGAACCACAGAUGUUAUUUGAGAUUGCAAUGCAUUCAAAGCUUUAUUUCAGAUGCGUUUAAGAGAAAUGAAAGGUAAAGACAAUAGAUGGUCAUUACCAAUACAGAUUGUUUGCUUUAUGUCACUCCAUGAUAGAUAUAGAGGAAUAAUAAAAAAAAAAUCAGUAUUA